AUGGCAACGUACAAUGUCCGGGUUGUUACAGGCAACUUCCAUCAUUCAGGCACCUUUGAUUUAAUUUCCAUCACCUUGGUGGGCACCAAGGGCGAGAGUCCGAAAACCGCCCUUAACACCCUGAGUUCCCACUUCUAUCGAGGCAGGGAGAGUGAAUACAAAAUCACUUGUGAGCACAACCUGGGGGAAAUCCUUCUUCUCCGCCUCCAGAAAGAUGCCUUGGUUGAACCUCUUUCCAACAGCUGGUAUUGUAAUUUUGUCACGGUGACAUCGGCCAAGGGGAUGACCUACAAUUUCCCCUGCUACCAGUGGAUAGAGGACUCCCAGCCACUAGAGCUCCGAGAGGGAAUGGCGAAGACACCUGCCAUGGACAGUUUGCCAAGGUUGCAGCAGCAUCGAGAGGAAGAGCUUCAGCGCAGACAGAAUACAUACUGGUGGAAGGAGUUUGCACCAGGGGUCCCUUAUUGCCUGGAUGUCAACUCUGUUGAGGAGCUGGACACAGACAUCAAAUUUUCUUUCACCAAAGCCGCCACCUUCAUCCAAAACUCCAAGGCCAAGCAAGUGGAACUCAAGCUGAGAGGGUAUUCUGAUAGACAAGAAUCCUGGGACAAAUUGGAGGACAUCAAGAAGGUUUUCUGGUUUAACAAGACAGAGAUGUCAGAACAUGUCAUGGAGCAUUGGAAGAGGGACGAAUUCUUUGGCUACCAAUUCUUAAAUGGACUGAACCCAAACGUCAUCCAGUUAUGCACCAAGAUCCCGUCUAAUUUUCCUGUGACCCAAGAGAUGGUAGCCAGAUCUCUUGGGGACUCCACCACAUUGCAGAAGGAGCUGAAUAAGCAAAGGAUUUUCAUUGCGGAUUACCACAUCUUGGAGGGCAUUAGUCCGGGGCUGAAUAAUGGACGUCUUCAGCAUAUAGCAGCUCCAUUGUGUUUGCUACACUUGUCAUCUGAAGGGCGUCUCAUGCCUCUUGCCAUCCAGCUUAGCCAGUCUUCCAACUCACCCAUCUUCCUGCCCAGCGAUCCUGAAUGGGAUUGGAUCCUGGCCAAGACCUGGGUGCGCAAUUCUGACUUCCUCGUGCACCAGGCUCUCACCCACCUGCUCCGGACGCACCUCCUGGCGGAGGUGUUCACCAUAGCGACUCUCCGCCAGCUUCCGAUGUGUCAUCCUCUCUACAAGCUCCUGAUCCCUCACACCCGCUAUACCCUUCACAUCAACACCUUGGCCCGGACCCUCCUUGCUGCAAAAGGAGGAGUGUUUGAUAAGGCAAUUGGCACCGGCUUUGAGGGCUUGGUCCAGCUGUUGCAAAAGGGGACGGCAGCUACGAUGUAUUCCUCCCUUUGUCUCCCAGAAGAUAUCAAGGCCCGUGGAGUGUCUUCGUUGCCCAACUAUCACUACAAAGAUGAUGGUCUGAAGAUCUGGGCAGCAGUAGAGAGCUUUGUCUCUGGCAUUGUUGAUUUGUAUUAUAAGAUGGAUUGUUCCGUCCAGGAAGAUUCAGAACUGCAGUCCUGGAUAUACGAGAUUUUUCAGAAAGGCUUCCUGGCACGGACAUCUUCUGGCAUCCCUUCCUCAUUCAGGACUGUGAAAGAACUCAAAAAGUUCCUGACCAUGGUGAUUUAUACCUGCUCAGCCCAGCAUGCUGCUGUGAACAGCGGACAGUUUGAUAUCGGUGCCUGGAUGCCCAACUUCCCCUCCUCCAUGAGGAAGCCUCCCCCACAGAGCAAGGGCCAAGCGAGUCUGAAGAGCUACAAAGACACCAUCCCAGAAGUCAACAUCACAUCCAUCAUCCUGAGCACCCUGUGGCAGCUCAGUGCCCCUUCAGGAGACAUGAUUCCCUUGGGCCGAUAUCCUGACGAGCAUUUCACCGAGAAGGCCGCUAAAAAGCUCAUUGCAGCCUUUCAAGACCAACUGGACAAGAUUUCCAAGGAAAUUAAGAAGAGGAAUAAAUCGCUCACCGAGAAGGAGCCUCUCACCAAAGAGGAUGAGUCUGUCCUUGUUGCUUACAACUACCUCUAUCCUCCCGAGAUAGAGAACAGUGUCAGCAUUUAA